UGGUUGUUGUAAGUGGAACAUAAGGCAGACGAAUAUUGGCGACCAUCGGCCGGAGGACGAAGCAUCAGCAGCGGAGAAAAAAGGGAAUGGCUCAAGUGCUCCUCACCGCCGACACCGCGCGGUCCCUAGUCGAUUCCGUCGACGCCUUCCUCUUCGACUGCGAUGGGGUGAUUUGGAAGGGGGACGAGCUCAUCGAAGGGGUCCCCGAGACGCUGGAGUUGCUGCGGAAAAUGGGCAAGAAAUUAGUUUUUGUAACAAACAAUUCUAGGAAGUCAAGAAGGCAAUAUUCAAAGAAAUUCAAGUCGCUUGGCCUUGAUGUUACUGAGGAAGAGAUUUUUACAUCAUCAUUUGCAGCAGCCAUGUUCUUGAAAUUAAAUAAUUUCUCUCCAGAAAAGAAGGUUUAUGUUGUUGGUGAGGAUGGCAUUUUGGACGAGCUCAAGCUAGCUGGUUUUGAAUGUUUUGGUGGUCCGGAGGAUGGCAAGAAAAGCAUAAUGUUAGAAGCGAACUUCUACUUUGACCAUGACAAAAGUGUUGGAGCUGUCAUUGUUGGACUUGAUCAGUACUUCAACUAUUACAAAAUGCAGUACGCAAGCUUGUGUAUUCGUGAGAAUCCAGGCUGCCUUUUCAUUGCGACCAAUCGUGAUCCUACUGGACAUAUGACGUCCGCCCAAGAAUGGCCAGGAGCUGGAACUAUGGUUGCUGCAGUAAGUUGCUCGGUGCAAAAAGAGCCCAUUGUUGUUGGAAAACCUUCAAGCUUUUUGAUGGACUUCCUGUUGAAAAGCUACAAUUUGGAAACGUCGAGAAUGUGCAUGGUAGGGGAUAGACUAGACACAGACAUACUAUUUGGCCAGAAUACUGGAUGCAAGACACUCCUUGUUAUGUCCGGGGUGACUACCUUACCUGAACUCCAGAGUGCUUCAAAUACCAUCCAUCCAGAUAUUUACACAAACUCCGUGCAUGAUCUCGUUCAGUUACUGGAGCCAUAAUCUUCAAGACUUUGGUAGUUGACAUUGCAGAUGCAGCUCUAGUCCUCAAUACCAACCACAUUGCCAGCAACAAUCUCAAGGACCCUUUGAAUAACGCCUAACAAAAAUUUUCACAAACAUUCUAUGUGAUCCUGUCGGGUUAUUUCGACAACAAUCUAUUCUUUGGGUAGCUGUUUGGUAGCAACCCUGUCCUGUAACCGUGUACCACAUCAAGUCAAUUUAAGGCAUUCCAUUUACAAGUCAA